UGCGACACUCAUCAAUUUUCUGAAAACAGUUGUGAUCUAAAAAUGGUUGCGAGCGAUGGAGCCAAGCCUCACUACAAGACGAUAGCUCUGUUCGACGUGGAUGGCACCUUGACGGUGCCUCGCAAGAAAGCAGAUCAGUCAACUCUUGACUUUCUACAGGAGUUGCGAAAGUACGUCAAAGUGGGCAUCGUGGGAGGCUCAGAUCAGAUCAAAAUCUGCGAGCAGCUCGGACCCAAAGCUCCCAUCGAGUAUGACUACCUGUUCUCGGAGAAUGGCCUGGUGGCAUACAAGGAGGGCGAGGUGCUAGCCAUCCAGAGCCUCAAGAAGCAUUUGGGCGAGGCCAAGCUCAAGGAGCUGAUCAACUUUGUGCUGCACUACAUCGCUGACCUGGACAUCCCCAUCAAGCGUGGCACCUUCAUCGAGUUCCGUAAUGGCAUGCUCAACGUGUCCCCCAUCGGCCGCAACUGCAGCCAGGAGGAGCGGGACGAGUUUGAGGAGUUUGACCUCAAAACGGGCAUCAGGAAAAAGUUUGUGGGCAUCUUGAGGGAAAAAUUCGCUCACCUGAACCUGGUGUACUCCAUUGGGGGCCAGAUCAGCUUUGAUGUCUUCCCUGAGGGCUGGGACAAGACUUACUGCCUGCGCUUUGUGGAAGAGGAGUUCUCAGACAUCCACUUCUUUGGAGACAAGACUUUCGAGGGUGGCAAUGACUACGAGAUCUUCAUGUCCGAGAAGACCAAGGGCCACACAGUCACCAGUCCAGUUGAUACUGUCCAGCAAUGCACGGAGCUGUUCAUCAAGCCAGCUAAAGAGGCGCUGCAGUGCUGAGUAGGCAAUGGGGCUCCAGCAGCACCAUAUCAGCGCCAUUAAGAUGUGCAGAGGCGUCCAAUGCAUGCAAUCAAUUAUUUGGCCGUCGGCACUGGAGAAAUUGUAAUGAAACCUGCAGGGCCUGAUACAUUCAUUGACCGGGUGAAUGGUGGCGGCUGUUCUGCAAGGAAAACUUGCAGGAGAAAAACCUUCUGAUUGCACAUUGCAACCAAGACUGUACAUUCCUUUGUUACUUUGGACCUUGCCUCACAGAAAGGACUUGCAAGCCAUGUCUUGUACUGUUGACAGUGGCAGGACAAGGUGGCACAGCACUGCGGCAUGAAUUGUAAGGACAAGCAUCUGUACAA